UUUCCCUUUCCUGAUUGCGCAUGCGCGGAGCCCGGCUCUCGUCUGAGAGCGGAAGAUGGCGGCGGGCGCCUCGCUGUGGAAAGGGCUGGUCGGGGUCGGGCUCUUCGCCCUGGCGCACGCGGCCUUCUCCGCCGCCCAGCAUCGUUCCUAUAUGAGGUUAACGGAAAAGGAGGAUGAAACCUUGCCAAUAGAUAUAGUUCUUCAAACACUGUUGGCCUUUGCAGUUACCUGUUAUGGGAUAGUACAUAUUGCAGGAGAAUUUAAAGACAUGGAUGCCACUUCAGAGCUAAAAAAUAAGACAUUUGACACAUUAAGGAAUCACCCAUCCUUCUACGUAUUUAAUCACCGGGGCAGAGUAUUAUUCCAGUCCCCGGACACUGUCCAUUCUCCCUCCAACCAGGAUGCUUUGUUGUCCAGCACAUCGCUGAAAUUGCGAAAACUUGAACCUCUCCGCCGUUAACAUUUUUACAGAUGAUUCUAAAAACAGAAUAGGACACUGAGCUAUAAUGUUUGAGUUGGGGAUGUAAACACUUUUUUUAUUAUUUCUGGAGCAGUAUUUAUAUUGAUCUUCCAGACUUUAUAAGAUAUAUAUAUAUAUAUAAAAAUAUAUAAAUAUAUAUUAAAAGAAAUAUUGAAAAGGACCUUCUUUGAACACUGUUAAUGACGAUUACCGAAUUGUGAAUUGGCAAACAGUGUAAGUUAUUGCUAGAAUUAUGCUGUGAAAAGUUCAUCUUACCUUUCGUCCAUUAAAACGCUAUUGCGGUUCAUUCACUGAAAACAACUUCUGUAUUACCAAAAAGCAAAUGAUGGUUUCCAGAUAAGCACAGAAAAGAGGCUUGUGCUGUGUUGUUGAAUGCAGAGGAAGGGGGUGGCGAUGUGCUGCAUCUGUCCAUUCCCCUCUCCCUCGAUGGAAGACAGUGAUGAUUGUGUUAUUUUCAUGUUUUUGUCACUUUGGGCCGAAGUAUCGGGGCUACUUUGCGAUAUGAGCUCGACGGAGCCGUUCAAAACAGACUGUUCUAAAGUGGGAGCUCAACCCAAAGUGUCACCAGGAGACAAAAGCUUCCUUUGCCUGUUGGUCAAGAUCCUUGAGCUCUCCUGAAAUACAGGCUUUGAAGGAAGAUGGACUGUUUCUAACAAGAAACCACUGUGUCCGAGGAAUCGACCACCAGUGGAAGGAUGUGGACUAAAGACAGCCAUAGCCCCAUCUGCUUCAAGCUCCCUCCACUUGUAACCUGUGAUCUGGCCCUGUACUUCGCACAGUGCGAAGCAACAGGAUCACUGUAUGGCUAUGGACUAUAUAUGCCCAGGCAUGGGUAGGAGAGCUUGAAUGAAUAGCUUGAAACAUGCCAGGUACACUCAAGGAAAGGCUGCUUAUGUUCCUCUUGUUCAAAGGUUUCUCGGUUUUUCUGCUCUUACGGAUGCAUUUCUGAUUCCGGUUGUAUGUUUGCUGUCUUUUUGGGAAAGUAGAGCUUGUGGUUCUCCUGUGGGGGAGCUGCUACGUUCUCCUUUGCUCAGCGAAACAUGUUCAACUUGUUUUUCUUCACUGCAUUGUUCUCUUUCUGCUCGUGGCAUUUGAUCACCAGGAGAGAUUUCUUCCUGAGUCAUUAGCCUUGGAAUAAGUGGGAUAAAGAUGAGAGGUUCCUUUCCAUUUAUUAAAUGUUGGCUCCCUCGAUUGGAUUUCCUUAGGAUUCGACUGUUUUCAGCAGGAAAGUUGUUCUCUGGCUUUGCCUUCAAGGCAUGUUGGAAAUUUUUACUGCGCAUGGUGUUCUCUGCUGGGAGAACAAGGAAUGUGCCCUCUACCACUUAUGAGGUGUGGUAUCACUGUAUUGCUGCAUUACUAGUGCGCUUCUGGUAACACACACAUUGGUAUAUGGCAGCCUUCGCACAACUAGUGUACUGGUCCCAGCAGAGGCAUGCUGUUGGGAAGAAUGGAGUUGCAAUCCAGCCUAGAGGUUUUGUAUGCUAUCGUUCUUACUUUUUCAGUACAGGAGUAGUUUGUGUGGCCUUCCCGAUGUUGUGGACUAUACUUCCCACCUGCCACUGUUUGCCAGUGGCAAGGAGUCAUGGAAUUUGCAGUCCAACGACACCUCUAGGGCAAGUUUUCUCGGUUCCUGUUCUUUGUAGAGAUCUGAAUACAAGAAAAUCAAGCACAAAGGAAGGACAUGGACAGAGAAGCUUUCAUAAAGAUGGAGAAGACAUGGCCUUGUUAAAAUGAACCAGACAUCCCGUCCAGUUCAUUAAAGCUCCUUUUAAGUGUUACGGUCUUUCUUGUGAGUAGAUGCUGACAUUUUAAUCUAGCUUUGUGUUCAGUCCUGCCUGCCAUUUUUAAAGGGGAAAAUUGAUAGCACUAGCGUAGGGAGAGUAGGUUGCUGUCGAGACUUAAUUUUUAUUCCCCAAAUAGUAAGGCUCCAAUUUGUACUGCGAAGCAGGUGUUGGCUGGCUCUGGGGUCUGUGAAUCUCUGGGGCCACCUGUAAUCCUUCCUUUGAGCUACUGCCUCCCAACAUCAUUCUCCAGAAAUAUACUUGCCAAGCUCCAACUGUCUUUUCCUGGUGCAGUAGUACUGAUUUCCCAGGACAUCAUGCUGUGAAGACUUUGAGCCUACACAAGAAAUUCUUCUAAUCCAGUUUCCAGCAUGCAAAUAGACAAAAUGGCUGCAAGACAAAAGAACAAUGCUUCUCCAAUUCCAUUUCACAAAGCAGUCUUGAACGUUACAACAAGCCCCCCCCCAAAAAAAUGUAAUGAAACUUAGGAACUAGUGAUUAUGGCAAAUUAGGAAGAGCUGAAGUGGGGGGAAAUUCCCAGAGGCUUUAAAAUCAGACGUGAAUGAUGAGAAGGGCUGUCUGAAAAUGACAGGUCUGAAAAGCCAGUUUUGUCUGUUCUGUUUUCUGCUUUUUAACUACCACUUUGUAUAAAAGUCAUUUCAAGCUGGGUUACUUGCUUAUUGCCUAUGACCUUAGAACCUGCUUUUACCUUGAGAGGAAAAAAGGCUCUUUGUGGCAAGUAACAGAGCUAGAGUUGGAGUCUUGCUCCAGUUGACAGGCUUUUCUUUCUCCUCCUUUACAUGUUACAGCCUACUUAAGUUAUUUUUUGGGCUGUUGAAACUUGCAAGGAGUAGUUGCCUUACCCUUUGGUAUCAAUGUUUAUUUCACAAGUGUGCAUCUGUUUUUUCUCCUUUUUGAUCUUGCAAUGUCUAAUAAAGAAAUAAUAUUAUAAAGUG